GCGUCACUUCCCGCCCCGCCUCCACCCUGUGGGAAGGGAGCCGUGGAUUUUCCCACGCGCGGGAGCCGAAGUCUUAUCGGAGGGAUCCGGAAGAAAGAAAUUAGCAUCAGAGCAAGGAGAUCAGACAAGACUUGAUGGUAGCUGUGGAAUCCAAGAUGGAAGAACAAAACUCAGCUGGCCCCAUAGCAGGAAGAGACCCUGAUACCAUCCAUGCUGAAAGCAGCAGGGAAUUCUGGGGGGGAACUUUGCAGAAGGUCCUGGGAGAGGACACCACCAGCUCAGAUGCACAGCACCAGCACUUCAGGCAGUUCUGCUACCGGGAGGCUCAGGGGCCCCGAGAGGUUUGCAGCCAACUCUACCGUCUUUGCUGCCAGUGGCUGAAGCCAGAGAGGCACACCAAAGCUCAAAUCCUGGACCUGGUGAUCCUGGAGCAGUUCCUGGCCAUCCUGCCCCCAGAGAUGGAGAGCUGGAUCAGAGAAUGCGGAGCAGAGACCAGUUCCCAGGCAGUGGCCCUGGCAGAAGGUUUUCUCUUGAGCCAGGCAGGGGACAUAAAGCAGGAAGAACAGCUGGCAAGAACGUCUGUUUCAUCCCUGAAGCUCCAAGGGACAGAGAAGUUCCAGGGAAUGUUAGCCAAAGUGGCCACCAGUUUCCAUGCGGCAGAGAAGGCUCCAUCCUGUGCCAAGCCACAGCCCAUGUUCAAGUGGAUCGUGCAGGAGGAUGAGAGAGAAGCCGCCUCUCUAGGCAGCGGAAUGACCCUGGUGCUUCAUCCAAGGCCCCCUCCCCCUCGUGCUGGGAUGGAAGAGGUUGCUGUGGCGUCCCCAGAGCAGGGUCCGGUGACCUGGGAAGAGGUGGCCGUGUACUUCGUGGAGGAGGAGUGGGCUCUGCUGGAUGCGGACCAAAAGGCUCUGCACAGAGAAGUCAUGGAGGAGAAUUCUGGGCUUCUGGCCUCCCUGGAAGGACUUUUGGAUUCCAAACCUGAUCUCCUCUCCUGGCUGGAAGACAAGGGCUUUGACGAGGGCGAGAGAUCUUCAGGUGAUCUGAUGGUGGGGUGGGGUACCGGGGAGCUCUUUUUCCGGCUUUUCACAGGACGUGUUCUCCUCAAGGACAUUCACCUCUGCUAACUGGGCAAAGAGGCACAAUUUUAAAAUUUAUUAAUUGAUCAAAUUUAUAUACUGCCUGAUAUAUACAUCUCUAGGUGGUAUACAUGAUCCCGAUUGUGAAGUGGUGACUCUGUCAUAUUCGGCAUGAGGAGACCAACUCUCUCGAUCUAACCACAGAAGAGCAUCUCUCCAGUUGCUGUUGUUGGUGUCAUCCUUAUGCUUCUUUUGGGUUAGGGGUUCUCAUACGUGGGUCUCCCGAUGUGGCUGGAUUACAAUGCCCACCAUCCCCAACCACAGUGACCAAAGGCCACUGUGGCUGGGAAUAAUGGGUAUCAUAGUCCAACAACAUCUGGGAACACAGGCUGAGUAUCUCUGAUUUAGAUGGUGAACCCAUUUGGAGCCGGGAACCAUCUUACUCUUUUUUUCUAUACAAACCACUUUAAGAACGUGUGUUGUUGUUUUUUAAAGUGAUAUACAGGAGACGUUUGAAUAUAAAGGGGGUAAU